ACUUCUCUUGCAGGUGCUUUCUUCAUCCCAUACUGCAUCAUGUUGGCGUUCGUCGGUAUCCCCAUCUUCUUCAUGGAACUCUCCCUCGGUCAGUUCUCCAGCAGCGGGCCCGCCACGUGCUGGAAUUUCGCCAAACUCUUCAGAGGGAUCGGGCUGGGCAUGUUCGUCGUCUCGGCUCUCGUGGCCAUCUACUACAACAUGAUCAUCGGCUGGGCGUUCUACUACCUGUUCGCGUCGUUCACCUCCGAGCUGCCCUGGGCCGAGUGUCGCCCGGAGUGGAGCACCCCAAUGUGUUUGACCAACUUGCCCACGUACAAUGAGAGUUACUGUUUUGACCUGGGUUUCUCUACUGAACUGAACGGAACCUGUUACGACAAUAACGGAACGUUGAGAGCGCUCUAUGACGAAGAACUGGCCCGAAACAACAGCAUCAAGAAGGUCCUUCCGACACAGGAAUACCUCGAUUAUUCCUCGCUGGGCAAAGGUUUCAGCUCUGGAAUCGGUGACCUUGGCCCAAUCAAGUGGGAGCUGCUACUGUGUUACCUCCUGGCUUGGAUAUUCGUCGGCCUCGUGUUGAGCAAAGGCGUCAAAUCGUCGGGGAAGGUUGUUUAUUUUACUGCCACGUUUCCCUACCUAGUUCUUUUGAUCUUGUUGAUACGAGGGGUCAUGCUGCCGGGCUACUACGAAGGAAUCAUGUUUUACCUGACGCCAAAAUUUGACAAACUUCUAGACGCACAGGUAUGGAAAGACGCCGCGGUCCAGAUAUUCUUUUCGUUGUCUGCCUCGUGGGGAGGCUUGAUAGCCCUGUCCAGCUACAAUAAGUUCCACAAUGACGUCUUCAGGGAUGCUAUCAUUGUAUCAUUCGGCAACUGUCUCACAAGUUUGUUCGCAGGGUUCGUCGUUUUCUCCUACCUCGGCUUUCUGUCUAAAGAACUCAACGUCCCCAUUGACGAGGUGGUCGACAAAGGCCCGGCGCUAACGUUCGUGGUGUACCCUUUCGCGGUGACCAUGAUGCCGAUUUCGCCGCUCUGGUCCAUUCUGUUCUUCUUCAUGUUGUUCACGCUGGGCGUGGACAGUCAGACCCUGGGUCUGUGUUCCAUCUUCUUCUUGCUCGGCCUCACCCUCACAACACAGGGUGGAAUUUACAUGCUGGACCUUAUGGAUAAUUACUCUGGAAGUUGGAACGUCAUGUUGAUUGCGAUAGUUGAAUGCAUUGCCAUCGUGUAUGUCUACGGUGCGUUUCGAUUCCUGCGAGACAUCGAGACAAUGGUGGGUCAGAAGGUGUGCGGAAUAUUCCCCUGGGCCAUGUGGAAGUACUGGUGGGUCGUGUGCUGGGCAGUACUUACCCCAGUCAUUGUUACGGGGAUCAUGGUGUUCUCCUGGGUGGACUACCAGCGACUGGAUGGCUACCCCGACUGGGCGGACGUUCUGGGCUGGCUCAUGACGUUCUCCGUCGUUCUGGCCAUUUUUAUCCCAGGAAUCGUUCUCAUCUGCACGUCGAAAGGCACCAUGAGUGAGCGUUUCCGUGAAGCGACCACACCCACCUACGACUGGGGCCCCGCUUUGGUUAAACACCGGAUGUUGGUCGCUGAAUACAUCCCCAACUACGUCGUCGACCCGAAAAUGGAUCAAAAUGGUGAUGCCGUUCAAUUGGAGUCUGUGGACAUAACGCUAACCAAAGCGGGCGGCGAACUACCAGAGGAUUACGUGGCUAGUCCCGAUUGCGGACAUUUCAACAAUGAAAAGAUGUGAACAGACGUCCGUCCGUCUGUUCGUCCGUCUGUCACGCAGCCCGGAAUCAGGAGAAUUUCAACCAUUCAGAACCUCACUCGUGUAAAAUUACGUCAACAAAUAAUCUAGUAUAGUAUAGAAUGACCUGCAUUAAUGAGCCACCUGUCUUAAAGACCAUUUUUAUACUCACAUUGGUGGCUGGUUACCACAGCUUUGAAUGUAUACUACAAUUAUUACUACAACGUCAACAACCAACAACCACGUCAUCAAGAAACAACACAGCAGGACAGCACGUUUUGUUUUUCAUUGCAUCACCAUGAAGGUGAAGACUCUAAUUCUUGUCAUUUCGAUAUACACAGUAGUUUGUGAUAUCCACACCAUGUUUUAUAGACUCAAAAUAUUUCGCUCUAUAAAUCGCAUGCUCAAAUCGAUUCAACACGGUUUUGAACUAUGCCAUGAACGCUGACGCUGUUAUCAUCAGAUAUCAUCAACAUCAACAACAUCAUCAUCAGCAGCAAGGUUUUGCAAGUGUUGUUAACUCAUAUGCGCUGCUGUCCUUUGGUAAAAACUUUAACUCACGUCUUGGUCAAAAUUGAGAUAAUAUAAUUUAUCAAGUUAUUAAAUUAUGCCUAAAUUAGUUUUCAGUGGAGCCAGGACCUAGAUCCUCCACUGAUCUGGUGACCCCCAACCCCCCCCCCCCCCCCCCCAAAAAAAAAAAACAAC